UUCACGUUGCUCCGCCAAUUCUCCCUUUUGCUCCGCUUCCUCCCGAGUCGCUCCACACCCUCGAGCUCACGACCCUUCGGCUUUCCCUCGAUGGCGGGGAUCUUAGCUCGGAAAACCCUCCAGGCUUUUCGGGCCAGGCAAUCGGUUCAACCUGGACAAUCUUCAUUGGUUCUACAAAACCAUUGGCAAGCAUUCAGCUCACGCCCAUCAACUAGUAAAUUUAAAGAGGAUGAGGAGAGAGAGCAACUUGCCAAGGAGAUUGCUAAGGACUGGAGUGCUGUUUUUGAGCAAAGUAUAAACACACUGUUUCUGACCGAAAUGGUGCGUGGUUUGAUGCUGACACUGAAAUAUUUCUUUGAGAGGAAAGUUACCAUAAACUAUCCCUUUGAGAAGGGGCCUUUGAGCCCUCGUUUUCGAGGAGAGCAUGCUCUCCGACGAUAUCCAACUGGGGAAGAGCGGUGCAUUGCUUGUAAGCUUUGUGAAGCUAUAUGCCCAGCACAAGCAAUCACAAUUGAAGCAGAGGAACGAGAAGAUGGCAGUCGACGUACUACGAGGUAUGAUAUUGACAUGACAAAAUGCAUUUACUGUGGGUUCUGCCAAGAGGCAUGCCCUGUAGAUGCGAUCGUUGAAGGCCCCAACUUUGAAUUUGCAACGGAAACUCACGAGGAGUUGCUGUAUGACAAGGAGAAACUGCUGGAAAAUGGAGACCGCUGGGAAACAGAGAUUGCCGAGAAUCUUAGAUCUGAGAGCCUUUAUCGCUAAUUUCUUCUUGCUAUGAGGAAUUGAGCUAGCUGAAAGUCUUUUUGUUAAAAAAAAAAAUUGAGAGUUCCAAAAUAAGAAGAAGUCUCUCAGCAGCAAAUAUUAGCUUUAUCUCGUGUUUGAGCAGUCGACAGUUUCAGAGACAUUUGUGUAAGGAAACAUCUUUUUUCCUCUAUAAUAACUGUAUCUACUUGAAUGAGAAUCAAAAACAAGCAUGCAAAAUAUUGAGAAAAUUCACAUUAUCUA